AUGGUCCAUGAGGUCGUUCAUAAAGAACCUCUGUAUCGAACUUACACUGCCUCCACUGCAAGUUUUGCGUAUGCCACGAAACUCUUGUUCGACUUCAUUCGCAUACUUCUUCCUCUGACAAUUAUUUUUGCAACCCAUGUAAGUUUUAUACAAUUUCGAAAAAAAGAAUUUUGUUUAUUCACCACGUGGAAAUUGAAAUUGUUGAGUGAACUCGCCUUCCAUUCUUACCUGCAGUGUUGA